CCCACAAAACAAAACUAAGUAACAGACGCAGAUCUGCCUUCUAGAUUAUUGUGUAGCUAUGGAGCCAUCGUCCAAGCUAGUUGCGUUGCUCGUGUUGGCCAUGGUUGCCGCCAUGGCCGUGCAGCCUUCAAGCGCCCAGAACUCGCCUCAAGACUACCUCACGCCCCACAACCAGGCCCGCGCCGCGGUCGGUGUCGGCCCGGUUACCUGGAGCACGAAGCUGCAGCAGUUCGCGGAGAGCUACGCCGCGCAGAGGGCCGGCGACUGCCGGCUGCAGCACUCCGGCGGGCCCUACGGGGAGAACAUCUUCUGGGGGUCGGCCGGCGCUAACUGGAAGGCGGCGGACGCAGUGAAGUCGUGGGUGGACGAGAAGCAGUGGUACAACUACGCCUCCAACAGCUGCGCCGCCGGCAAGGUGUGCGGCCACUACACGCAGGUGGUGUGGCGCGCCACCACCACCAUCGGCUGCGCGCGCGUCGUCUGCCGCGACAACCGCGGGGUCUUCAUCAUCUGCAACUACGAGCCCCGCGGCAACAUCGUAGGGCAGAAGCCCUACUGAUUGCUACACUACUACUCUGGUUCAUGCAUGCACGAACACACGUAACGACUGAUACGCAUGGGUGCAUGCGACUCUGAAUUUUAUACGAAUAAGACUUGAGUAAUAAAUAAAGGGCCAGUUGGCCAUUGAAUAUUACAGCUGUGAGCUCCAUCUCUAAAAAAAAUCAAUAAAGGAGUUUGCUAUUUACAUGAAA